AUGUAUUGGGCUAGUGGAAUCGCGAAAGCGUUGACUGUUAUUCCUCCAGAUUAUAGCGAGUUUAAUUCACUUAAAGAAACCGAAGAACAGUCAUGUUCAGGAGAAUCCAUAGAUCCCGGAAACAUGGAUUCUUUGCAUACGAUUAUAAGGUUAAGACGUAAUAAAAUCGGCAAUUUAUUUGUCACCCUGACAAAAAAUUCUGUACAAUUAUGGAGCGUGAGGCCUACGGCUAUGGUAUCACAGGUGUCUCGAACCGUGAAAUCUGUUGAAGAAUACGGUGAUAAUUGCGAUGUUUUUUGGAAACCUGAUGGUACCCUUAUUAUGGUUCAAACAACCCAAAAUUGUUUAUUCACUUAUUUGGUACUCGCUUUUGAUGAUAAAAGUUAUAAAUAUCAAUUUGGUCAAGUAUCUCAUCAUUAUGUUACUGGAGCCGGGGAGGGUAAUGGGAUAAGAACAUUUUUAUUAAAGUUCCGUAUGACAAUUAGAAUUGAUGCUGGGAUGGAGGCAGGGAUUGGAAUAGAAGAAUUUUUAAUUGUGACAACUAAAGCUCCUCCUGCCAUUCAAUGUAUACCUUGGCAAGGUGAACCAAGUGGUACAAAGACAAAUAUUUUGGCUCGCUUGGAAUUUUUGGAAAAUAAAAAAGCUGGAAUCGCGUUUAUUGUGUAUGACCGACGAAUAAAUCUUCAUGGAUGGAUAACUACUGAUGGGAAAGCUUAUGCAGUACAAUUUAAUGAACACCGACCUUCGGUUGAAAAUAAUCCUAAAGCUCCGCCACUUUAUUGGACAGGGUUUUGUUUUCAUCCAAGUGAUUCAAUUGGCGACCUUGAACCUGCAAAGGAUGUCCGAGCAACUUGCAUAGCUAUUAAUGCUAAAUUUUCUUUGUUGGCUGUGGGGACUGAAAAUGGAAUGGUUUAUGUAUAUUUCGCAAAGAAUUAUAAUGGAAGACCUGUUACAACGCUUGCGUGGACUUCUGAUGGGCACGCAAUUGCAGUUGGAUGGAAACAUGAAGGAUUAGCCGUAUGGAGCGUUUACGGUAGAUUAUUGAUGACAACUGUUAGAGAUGAUUGGUCUAUAUCAAAACCAAUUGCCCAAGAUUCCUUUUUGUAUGGCGUUAAUGAUCUUUUUUGGAGUUCAGGAAAUUGUGAACUUUUCCUCUUACAUACCGCUAAAGAUGAAAUAGAACUAAAGAACAAUUAUUCGGGCAGGAUGACUAUAUUGACAUUAAUUAAGUGUGUUUCUAUUAACCUUAACUUUUCUUUAUAUGUUGAUCAGAAGGUCAAUUGUAUACGCUUCCAUUUGCUAAAUCUGCUGUUACUACGAUACAUAGCCCAAGGAUUCUUGCAUAUGGACGAUCGUUUGCUACUUUAUCGAGGAGGAGACCAAGAAGACCUUAGUGCGAUUAACCCUGAUACUAUAGUUUGGCAGCAUAUUCCUAUACCAAUUAUGUAUAUCAGUGACAAUUGGCCAAUAAAGUAUGCAUCGAUAAGUAGUGAUGGUAGAUAUAUCGCUAUCGCUGGGCGACGAGGUUUAGCGCAUUAUAAUGUUUCAUCAGGUCGAUGGAAACUUUUUGGCAAUCAGCAACAGGAACAAGAAUUCACUGUUCGGGGUGGAUUAUUGUGGUUUAUGCAAAUUUUAGUUGCAGCAUGCGAGAAUGUUCGAACUCGUACAUUCGAGAUACGAAUGUAUUCUCGUGAAACAAAUUUAGAUAAUAUUCACAUGGUGCAAAGUAUUGUAAUACCAAGUACAAUAUUAUAUUUAAGUAUAAUGGAUAACGCUUUAUUGGUGUAUUGUGGAGAUAAUAUGAUGUAUCAUUAUCUUGUAGCGACAGAUGAGGGUGGUUUGGUUUUACUCGAAUUAUGUCAACAAAUUUCAUUUGUUGGUGUUAUUCACGCUCCAGCCAGAGUUAGAUCUAUAUCAUGGUUUCAGCCGAAACUACAUAGACCUUUCACUCCUGAAACUAUUCAGUCAGCGUCCAUUAUCUUCUUGAUUGACGGUAAACUUGUGUUGCUACAUCCAAAAAAAAGUGAUGAAGGCGAGGUACAAUAUGAUUUACAUAUUCUCGCCGAUAAAAUAGAAUUCUAUUGGAUGUCUACUCGUGGAAUUGGAAGUUUAAAGAAUUCUUUAUGGGCAUGUGAUGGACAAGGAGUUAAAAUAUGGAUGAAUAUUUGGUCCAACGAAGAAAGUGCAAGAGAUUGGCAGAAUGAUGUUUUAUUAUCUGCCACUAAGGAAUGUUUACGUAUUUCACUGGAAUUUUAUCCUUUAUCCGUUUUGCUUGAUAAAGGUAUUAUUGUAGGCGUUCAACAACAAACAUCUAUUAGACAAUCAUUAGAAUUUCCAGUAUUUAAAUUAAUGACAAAUACACAUUUGUUCUUACAACAUAUACUACGGUAUAUGUUAACCAAAGAACUUGAAGAAGAAUCCGUUGCAUUUGCAACAAGUUAUCAAAAAUUGGUAUAUUUUGGACAUGCAGUUGAAAUGUUACUACACCUUGUAUUGGAAGAUGAAGCAGAACAUGCAAUUGGGACCGCUCAAGGUAUGAUACAAUUUGUACCAGUUACCACUCUGAAAUUUUUAAAUAAUUUUCCACACUCACUUGAUGCUAUUGUUGGAUGUGCGCGUAAAACCGAAGUAGCGUUGUGGAGUUAUUUAUUUUCUAUUGUUGGAAGUCCAAAAGAUUUGUUUGAGAGGUGUCUAUCUACUGGAUUACUUAAAACGGCUACAUCAUAUUUAUUGGUUCUUCAUACGUUAGAACCAGCUGAUAGUAGUAAAGAUACUAUUAGAUUAUUAUCAAAGGCUAUGGAGACGGAAGAUUACGAGUUAUGUAAAGAACUUGUGAGAUUUUUAAAUUCAAUAGAUGGAUCUGGAAAGACAUUAAAAGAAGCAAUAUUAUCAAUUCAACAAAAUUUGAAUGAAAAUUUGGAAUCACCUGCGUCGUCAUAUCACAAUAAUAUUAAUAAUGUAAACGACGUUUUUCAUAUCUGA